AUGACAGAAGAAUCAUGGGAUGGUGAGCAAACAUCUAAAACAUCUGAACAACAAACGACAGCAACAGGAACGGCACGUUUGGGUAUUGGACGUGGAAAAGCAAAACCGGAAACGAAUAAUAAUGAACCACCACCACCAUCAUCAACUUCAAAAUGGAAUAGUAGCAGUGGUGGUGCAAAUGAAAGUUCAAGUAGUUUCCGAAAUAAUAAUAACAAUGAUGAAAACAGUAAUCCGAAUAGUGGUGGAGGUUUUGGUUCACGAAGUAGUGGUGGUUUUAGUGGCGGACGUGGUGGUGGUGGUGGUGGUGGAGGAUUUGGAUCGAGUAAUGAUGGCAAUCCUCGUUCAUGCUACAAUUGUAAUAAGACUGGUCAUAUGAGUCGAGACUGUCCUGAGCCACGAAAAGAAAAUCGUGGUGGUGGGUCUCGUGGUGGUUUCGGUUUUGGCAGCAAUCGUGGUGGAUUUAACUCUGGUGGCGGUGGAUUUAACUCAAGUGGUGGUAGUCGUGGUGGAUUUAAUUCAAGCGGUAACGGUUUUAAUUCAAGUGGUGGCGAUCGUAACGUUAAUUUUGUAUCGUCGGCAAACGAUGAAGGUUCAUCGAUGUCUGUAACAGUCCGUAACUCGAGAAAUCAACAUGAAGAUGGUAACAAUGAUACAAAGGCAAGUUUUUCUGCUUGGCGAGGUGCUGGAGGAAAUAAAACAGCUAAUGGUAAUGAUUCUGAAGAAUCUAAUAAUAGAAGUACAACAUUUGUUAAUUCAACAAUACGGGGUGGCUUUAAUAAUGGUGGUAGUGGAUUUCGAGGUGGUCGAGGUGGUGGUGGAGGAGGAUUCAGUUCAGGUGAUCGUGAUAAUCGUGGUGGUGCCGGCGACGGUAGUCGCAAUUGUUAUAAUUGCAAUAAACCUGGUCAUCAAGCUCGUGAUUGUCCUGAAGAAAGAAAACCUCGUGACGGUGGUGGUGAUGGUUUCAGUGGUUCUGGUGGUCGGAGAAAUAAUAAUCGAGUAUCAGAUGAUAUUUUCGAUCAACCUGGUGGUCGUGCUGGUGGUCAACCAAGCGAACGUUAUGUUCCACCACCUCCACCAACAACUGAAGAUGGUAUAUUUGGUGAAGCAGUUACUAAGGGCGAAAAUUUUGGAAAAUAUCAUCAAACACAUGUUCAAUGUUCACCUUUAGACAAAAUAAAACCAAUUGAAUUAUAUGAAGAAGCUAAUCUUGGUACACAAGUUUUAUCAAAUAUUCGUCGUGCUCAUUUUGAAGAACCAACAGCUAUUCAACGUUAUACAAUACCUUGUAUACGACAGCAAGAUGAUAUAAUGGCUUGUGCUCAAACUGGAUCUGGUAAAACAGCUGCUUUUCUCUUACCAAUUAUUUCUAAUUUACUUGAAUAUCAUGCGGAUGAUUUAUCUGAAAAACUUCAUCCACCAUCACCACUUUGUCUUAUUGUGUCACCUACACGUGAACUUGCUCUACAAACAGAACGUGAAGCAAGAAAAUUUGCAUAUCAAACUGCUGUUAUACCUUGUUCUGCUGUUGGUGGUCAUGAUAUGUAUGCUGUAUCAGAUCGUCUCCGAGAAGGUUGUCAUAUCCUAUCAGCUACUACCGGUCGUCUCAAAGAUAUGGUUGAAAAAGGCCGAGUCUCAUUGAGAAAAGUUAAAUAUUUCGUUCUUGAUGAAGCCGAUCGAAUGUUAGACACAGGUUUUGAACCUGAUAUACGUAAAUUAGAAGAUCUUGGUUUACCACCAAAAGAUGAACGUUUUACAUCAAUGUUUUCUGCAACAUUUCCUAAUGAAGUACAACAAUUAGCUAAACAUUUUCUACGUGAAAAUUAUGUAUUUCUUGCUGUUGGUAUACCUGGUGGUGCUAAUGAAGAUAUAGCACAAACAAUUGAAGAAGUACCACAUUCAAGAAAAAAAGAUCGUCUUUUUCAAUUACUCGAAGAAAAUCUUAAAUCUGAACGAUGUUUAAUAUUCGUUGAAACAAAACGAUCAGCUGAUUAUAUAGGUGCAUUACUUUCACAAAAACAAUUCAUGAGUACAACAAUGCAUGGCGAUCGAACACAAAGACAACGAAGUGAAGCUGUACAACAAUUUACAAAUGGAAAAUGUCCAAUACUCGUUGCAACAUCAGUUGCUGCUCGUGGUUUAGAUUUUCCAUUAAUUGGUUAUGUUGUUAAUUAUGAUUUACCAGAUUCAAGUGAUUUUUAUAUUCAUCGUAUUGGUCGAACAGGUGAAAUUAGUCGUGCGGGUCAUUUGGGUAAAUCAAUAUCAUUUUUUGAUCCAGAUCGAGAUUCUGAUAGAAAAAUUGCUCCUGAACUUGUAUUAAAAUUAAGCGAAGCUGGUCAAGCAGUACCUGAAUUUCUUAGAAAAUAUGUUGAUGAUGCCAAUGGUGGAUUUUCUAAUGAUGGUCAAGGUUCACGAAAUACUGAUGUGAGAUCUGGACAUAAUAAUUUUGGUAGUCGAAAUCAAGCAAGUGGUCCUACUGGUGGUACAGCUUCUGCUGGUGGAACCAAUGAAAAUUGGGAUUAA